CUAACUGUCGUGAAAGCACAUCGAAGGAGAGCAUGACGCUAAUAAAUUAUUUGUUCUCCAGUUUGAAAUAUUUACGGCGUAUAGAAUACAUAUUUGAUUCUUUAUUUCAGGCUAAAGUCGUCUCGAUGCGCUAGAAGCACUGUGCCGCUUCUCGUGCUAUCUUUGCUUGUUAGUUAGCUUAGCUCGCUAAUUAGCUUAGCUUGUUAGCUGCUAACAAAGAGACGCGGACGUUAUCAACACAUCGCUAAGAAGAAGAUCAAAUGUGAGAGUCAAGUGUUGUGAUUGUGUGGAAAUGUGUGAAAGAACGAUAGCAAAGUAUGAGGAGGAACUUUGUCCAACAAAAGAGGAGAAGGAGCAACAACAUCAACUACUGGACGCUGUUUUCAAGAAACAUCAAGUUGUGUUACACAGAACAGACCUCGAUGAAGAACAUCUUCCUCGUGAGCAGGAGGAGGAACCCCAGUCCCCCCACGUACACGAGGAAGAAGAGGUACCGCAUCCCCAACACAUGAAAGAGGGAGUAGAGGAGCCACAUUCACCCUAUAUUAAAGAGGAAGACGAGACGCCACAGACCCAUAAUGUUAAACUGACCCUUCACAAUAAAGGACAAGCGGAGGAGGACCCACUCAUCUUACACAUCAAAAAUGAAGAGGAGAACCCGCUGACCCCUAGCAUUAAAGAGGAAGAGGAGGAGCAAGAGGCGGUGCACAUUAAAGAGGAAGAGGAGGAGCAAGAGGUGGUGCACAUUAAAGAGGAAGAGGAGGAAGAGGGCAUCAGUCAGCCUAAAUGGUCGGAGGAGUUCCCAGUGACUGGUGUCCCUGUGAAGAGUGAAGAUGAUGAGGUGAAAGGUGAAAGUGAGGAGAGGGGAGGGGGGGAGCCUCCAAGCAGCAGCUCAACAGAAGCUGAUGGAGACCACUGUGGAGGAUCACAAGCAGACAAGCUCUUAGCUCCACUAUCAGAUAGUGAGGACACAAGCUCACACUCUCCUCACACUGAUGAUGAAGACUCUAAAGAUGAUGCAACAUGUCACACUGACAACACUCACUUCACAUGUUCUACCUGUGACAAAACCUUCAAAUACCACUGUUCUCUGAAAGUACACAUGAGAAGACACACUGGAGAAAAACCUUUUAUCUGUUCAAUAUGCGGUAAAGGUUUUACACAAAGUACCCAUUUGAAAAGACACAUGAGAACACACACUGGUGAAAAACCUUUUGUCUGUUCAACCUGCGGUAAAGGUUUUACAAACAGUCAGAGUUUGAAAGUACACAUGAGAAUACACACUGGGGAAAAACCUUUUUCCUGUUCAACCUGUGGUAAAGGUUUCACAGAAAGUCAGAGUUUGAAAGUACACAUGAGAAGACACACUGGGGAAAAACCUUUUUCCUGUUCAACCUGUGGUAAAAGUUUUACACAAAGUCAGAAUUUGAAAAGACACGCUAGAACACACACUGGAGAAAAAUCCCAUUCCUGUUCAAUCUGCAACAGAAGCUUUUGUGACCGAUCAACCCUUGUAGCACACAUGGGAACACACCCGGGAGAGAAAGUGUUGAGUUGCAGUGUGUGUGGUGAGAGAUUCUCUACUAAGAAGCAGUGUGAGAAACACAAGUGUGCUGGUGAGAACAGCAGCAGCAAAUGAAACUGCAGUAUUUGAAAUAAACUGUCCAGACUUUCUCACAGCAUCAGCACAUAUAACAUGUGUGACAUUGUUGUUUGUCUAACUAUCUGUUUAAUAUGCUUCUUCAUUUAUAGAUUAGAUAUUUUAUAUUAAUGCUUUUUUCAGUCAGGCACAUACAUUAAUAUGCAACAUUGUGUACUUUUAUUAAAAAAUGGACAGAACAAUUUGAGUAAAAAGGUGAGAGUAAACAGUAAAAUCAUAUUUUACAUGCAAUAAAUAUUUUAUGUGUAUUUAUACACACACACACACACACAUGGGAAAAAUCACAAGACUACUUCAUCUCUACAGAUCUGUUUCAUGAGGGGUUCCCUCAAUCAUCAGGAGAUUUUAAUGGAAGCAUUCACAUACAAUGGUUUGUAUAGGGCACAGAGUGGGUGGGUACAAGCAGGCGUAGGGUGUGGUGAUUGGCUCAUGUGUUACCUAGGAGGUGUUUCCGUUUGUGGCGGCAUGUUGAAAUGAUUUCACUGUGCUUGUUGAGGGAUGACAGGUCUGGAUGAUAUAUAAUAAACAGUUUCUCUUUUAAGCAUGGAUUGCAUCUUUUAUAUAGGGACGGCGUGGCGCAGUGGGAGAGUGGCCGUGCGCAACCCGAGGGUCACUGGUUCAAAUCCCACCUAGAACCAACCUCGUCACGUCCGUUGUGUCCUGAGCAAGACACUUCACCCUUGCUCCUGAUGGGUGCUGGUUGGCGCCUUGCAUGGCAGCUCCCUCCAUCAGUGUGUGAAUGUGUGUGUGAAUGGGUAAAUGUAGAACUAGUGUCAAAGCGCUUUGAGUACCUUGAAGGUAGAAAAGCGCUAUACAAGUACAACCCAUUUAUUACCACUGUUGUAAGGUGUGCUGGAUGCAAGAAUUUUCCAUGUUAUUAAAUAUUCAACAUUCUUGUCUUUGAGGUUCCAAAUGUGCUUGCUGAGUUCUGUAGAAUUCCGCAAGGUCUGGUUUCUAAAGGAGGCUUGUGAUUAUUCCAUCUGGCUUUAAACGCUCCUUCGGUUAAUCCUACGUACGUGUCGGAUGUGCUAAUGUCCUUGCGUGUUACCUUUGCUUGGUAAACGUCUGAUGAUUGAAGCCAACAAGCAAACCGUCAACUUCCUCGACGUCACUUUCAACCUGAGAAAUAACAGCUACCAAGCAUUCACAAAACCCAACACAACACUCCAAUACGUGCACCAUGACAGCAACCACCCACCCACCACCACAAAAAGAAUACCUACCGGAAUUAAUUCAAGGCUAUCGAUGCUGUCAUCUAGCAAAGCUGAAUUAGACCAAGCAACCCCCCCGUACCAGAAAGCACUUGAUGAAAGCGGAUACAACUUCACCCUCACCUAUGAACCCACGCCAGGAAACCAACCAAAAAAAGAGCAGAAAACAAAACAACAUCAUCUGGUACAACCCCCCAUUCAGCAAAAACGUCUCAACCAACAUCGGCCGCAAGUUCCUCACUCUGAUCGACACACACUUCCCCAAAGGCAACACCCUAAGAAAACUAUUCAACAAGAACAACAUUAAAUUGAGCUACAGCUGUAUGAAUAACAUGCAACAAAUCAUUUCAAACCACAACAAAGCAAUUGCAAAAGGACUGCCUACCCCCAGACUAAACGACUCAAACCAAAAAGGAAUGUAACUGUCGCAAGAAACCUGAUUGCCCUCUCAACGGGGGGUGCUUACAAACAUCAGUCGUUUACCAAGCAAAGGUAACACGCAAGGACAUUAACACAUCCGACACGUAUUGUGUUGUGAUUGUUUUUUAUGUAUGUCCCCAGACCUUUAUGCAAUAUACAAGUGAGAGAAAAUGGCAUUUUUUUUUGUUUUUUUUUGUAAAAGGAUGGUUUUGUUUUUACAAACUUACAUUUGUGGAUACAUCAAAUAAAUCCAGAAUUGUGUUUUAAACAUUUUUUUUUAAUCUUUUUUUUUCUUUUUUAACAUCCCCAAAACAACAUCAAUAUCAGUCACAGUUUGGAGUGACAGGCAAAAGCCAAUAUUGUACAUCAUCCCACAGAGAUUUACUUUGCAUACAUUCUUAAAAUAAAAUGUUUAUUGCGUUUCCCAAUCACAGAACCAACAAAUGUUGUAUCCAAUUGCAAAACAACAUCCAAAAUAUUACUUUUAAGUGGUCAAUUCCGUCUUUUUUUUUUUUAAUUAACUUUUUUUGCCUUAGAAAGAAUGGAAACUUUUAAGUUAUGGUUAUUUUAUUGUUCCAGAGAAAAUAAUAAGGAGAAGAAAUAGUAAAUAAUUUGAAACAAAUGCUGUGUAUAGAAUAUUUUGAAUGAAAGCUUUUUUAAAUUUUGUAAGAUUUUUUAUUUGCAGGUCGUACUUAAUGCAAUCUUCACAUCUUAAAAUAUUGGUAUCACUCAAUAAGUGCAUCAGUGACCAAAUGCCUUUUUCAAACCAAGAUGGAUUUGUUUCUCAUUUGGAUAUAAGAACACUUCCAUAGUGGAGUAUUGUGUGUGAUGAAGUUGUGUUUGUAAAGUAGUUUCCAGUACAACAACACUUGCUGCUAGGGAUGGGUACUGUUCACUUCUAAUUCCACGACCUCUAUUUAAUAAUACAACUUUAACAUUUGACAACCAAAUAAUAAAACAAGGUGACUCUGUAAAAAAUCUGGGUAUUAUCUUCGACCCAACUCUCUCCUUUGAGGCACACAUUAAAAGCGUUACUAAAACGGCCUUCUUUCAUCUCCGUAAUAUCGCUAAAAUUCGCUCCAUUUUGUCCACUAAAGACGCCGAGAUCAUUAUCCAUGCGUUUGUUACGUCUUGUCUCGAUUACUGUAACGUAUUAUUUUCGGGUCUCCCCAUGUCUAGCAUUAAAAGAUUACAGUUGGUACAAAAUGCGGCUGCUAGACUUUUGACAAGAACAAGAAAGUUUGAUCACAUUACGCCUGUACUGUAUAUACCUUUAUAUACAUAUAUACAUACAUAUAUACUGUAUAUACCUUUAUAUACAUAUAUACAUACAUAUAUACUGUAUAUACCUUUAUAUACAUAUAUACAUACAUAUAUACCUAUACUGUAUAUACCUUUAUAUACAUAUAUACAUACAUAUAUACCUAUACUGUAUAUACCUUUAUAUACAUAUAUACAUACAUAUAUACCUAUACUGGCUC